AAGAAACUAGAGAAAGAAGACAAAGACAAAGACGAAGAAGAAAUGAAGUUGGUUUGGUCUCCGGAGACUGCAUCUAAGGCUUACUUAGCCACCGUUAAAUCGUGCGAGAAUCUCGAAACACCUGACGCGGCGGAGCUUAUAUCAGCGAUGGCGGCUGGAUGGAACGCAAAGCUAAUCGUCGAGACAUGGUCAUACGGAGACGCAAUAGCCUCAAGUAUCGGCUUAAACGUCGCGAGCCAACACGCAAACGCGAAACACAUAUGCAUCGUACAAAACGCAAGAUCAGAAUCAGCUUAUCUCCAAGCCAUCCAAGAAUCUUCAUCUCCUUUGAACUUACCGGAGACGAUGAUCGCUGAAGAGCCCGAGAAGGCGAUGAAGGAGAUACAAGGGAUCGAUUUCUUGGUCGUGGACUGGCGUAACAAGGAGUUUGCAGCGGGUGCGUUGAGGAACGCUGCGUUUGGAAGCAGAGGAGCGGUUGUGGUUUGUAGGAACGGGUAUUCGAGAGGCUCUUCGGGUUUUAGCUGGAGAAGGGCUUUAAGAGAGAGGGAAGUUGUAAGAACGGUGACUCUUCCGGUCACCGGAGGUAUAGAGAUUGCUCAUGUGGCGGCAAGGAACUCAGGGAAGAGUGAGAAGAGUAAGAGAAGAUGGAUCACACAUAUUGAUCAGAGGUCAGGGGAAGAACAUGUGUUUAGUAUUUAGAAAGUAAAUAUUAAGACAAAGUUGUAAGAAGUGUGUUAUUUGGAUUCUUGUAUAUCACUUUGUACAUAAGACUCCGUAGAUGCUAUUGUAUUAUAUCAUACUUGUCUUAGAUCUCAGCAACAACCAAUGAUAUAUGAAAAAAAAAAUCUUACAUUGGUUGAAAGAUUGAACAAGACUGUAAAAUCUUUGUUUAUAUCUCAUAAAUUUCAC